AUGAUCGCAAAAGAACUGGCUUCUCGUCUUUUAACCAGUAUACGACAAAGACCAGCGGCAGCAUAUACCAAGAGUAUCGUCUGGUCAACGCAAAAACGCCUUGCUUCCACGACAAAUGUAUUUUCACACCAACAACAGCAACAACGAAGGAUAAUGAUGACUCACGGAACUAUUGCUCGUUUACGUGUUAUUUACCCUGUGCUAGUCUUGAAGAAUGAUACAGAUGCGUCUGCAGUGCAUGUGUCGGAAUAUGUGUCACGUCUGCGACCUUUCAACCCACCUGCUCCUCCACAGCCCGUUACCAUUACGCCAUUAUCUAUACCAUCUGCUACAAAACCAACAGAGGAAAUGCACUUAAUCAGUACACUUCGAAGACGUCGAUUGAAGAUGAACAAGCACAAAUAUAAAAAGUUGAGAAAGAGAACUCGUGCUCUUAGAAGAAAGCUGGGCAAAUAA